UCCUGUCUUGUUCCUCAAAAAAAAAUUAUUGUUACCAUUUGUUUUACAUCACUUAUUUCAAUUCCACACAACAAAUUCACAUCAUAAACUCUUCUCUAUUUGCAUAGUCAAUGACCAAACACCAAAACAUCCUUUCUCAUCACAAUUUUUGUGAUACAAUGGCCAUUGAAGAACCUGAGCCUAAUUCCAACUCUGAUCCCAUAUCAGAGUGGCUAGCUAGUACUUUAUCCGAUGUUCCAUCCUUCCUCAAUGAACCUUACAGUUACACCGAUGAUUUAAAUUUCUAUGCGGACUCAUGGUGGGUUCCUGAUCAAGAUGAUCAGAUCGUUAAUCACAACAUCAUCAUCGACAAUACUUGUAACUCAUUCAACAUUAGCUCCCCAGUCAACACAGCUAUUAGCAAUAUCCCUUUGGAGCCCAUCAUUUUGGAUCAUCCACAGCCGGUGGAUCUGUCUAAGAAAAGGAAAAUAUCUGAUCAAAAUCCGAAGACGUCAAAGAAAAAUCAUAACCGUCAGAUUAAUGAGGCAGAAAAUGCUCAUAUUAUAGGUGAUCAAGGAGGAGUGCAAGUAAGAAGACCAAAGAGAGUAACAACAAAAUCAACCGGAAAUAACAGUAACAACAAAGAAGGAAGAUGGGCAGAACAUUUGCUCAACCCUUGUGCUGCUGCAAUCACUGUCGGUAACAUGAACCGUGUGCAACAUCUGCUGUACGUUCUCCAUGAGUUGGCGUCUUUCACAGGUGACGCCAACCACAGGCUAGCUGCUCAUGGACUCCGCGCCUUGACACAUCAUUUGUCUUCCCCUGGCUCAUCAUCAGCAUCCUCUGGAACUAUUGGAGUUACUAAUUUCUCUUCUGCGAAUCAUAAAUUCUUCAGGGACUCAUUGAUCAAUUUCAUCGACAUUAGUCCCUGGUUCCGAAUCCCCAAUAACAUUGCGAAUUCAUCUGUUCUCCAAAUAAUUGGAGAACAGGAUCGGCUAAAGAACCUUCAUAUCCUUGAUAUUGGAGUUUCUCAUGGUUUUCAAUGGCCAACUCUUCUUGAAGAAUUGACUAGGCGGUCAGGUGGACCGCCACCACUGGUUCGCCUGACCGUUAUUACACCCACCACAGAAAACGGAGAAUUGAGAGGCAAUCCAUUUGUGAUCGGGCCACCUGGUUACGAUUUUUCCUCGCAACUACUAGCCUAUGCUAAGGCUAUCAACAUUAAUCUACAGAUCAACAGACUGGACAAUUUUCCUCUUCAAAAUCUCAAUUCCCAAAUCAUAAAUUCUACAUCUGAUGAAACCUUAGUCAUCUGUGCUCAAUUUAGACUGCAUAACUUGAAUCAUACUAUCCCGGAUGAUCGAACAGAUUUGUUGAAGAUAUUGAAGAGUUUGGACCCGAAAGGCUUAGUUCUCAGCGAGAACAACACAGAGUGUAGCUGCAACAGCUGUGGGGACUUUACGACAACGUUCUCAAGGCGAGUGGAGUACUUAUGGAGGUUUUUGGAUUCCACGAGUGUGGCCUACAAAGGGCGGGAGAGCGAAGAAAGGAGGAUGAUGGAAGGAGAAGCAGCAAAGGCGUUGACGAACAUGGGAGAAAUGAAUGAAAGGAAGGAGAAAUGGUGUGAAAGAAUGAGGAGCGUUGGUUUUGUAAAAGAGGUGUUUGGUGAAGAUGCCAUUGACGGAGCUCGGGCUUUGCUGAGGAAGUAUGACAGCAAUUGGGAGAUGAGGGUGGAGGAGAAAGAUGGCUGUGUGGAUCUAUGGUGGAAAGGGCUGCCAAUUUCAUUCUGCUCAUUAUGGAAGAUUUAGCUAUUUUGAGUCAAAUUGUACUUCCUUACUACCACGUUAGACGUGUUUCAUAAGUGUAUUUGUAGAGGC